AUGCAUUUCCCGGCCCUCCUUAUAAGACAGACCAUGGUUGGGCUGGUUAAGGUUCCCUCAUCUCACAUCCGGGCGGUACCGUGCAUUUCUGGCAUUCGUCACAAACCCUUACCCAAGGCUGCACUGCAGCUUGACGGAAAGUCAUUGGUGCAGGUUUUGUUAGGCCCACUACCGCAUGAGGCGAUCGUUAAGAGGAAUGGAGGAGCCAACUCAUUCUCAGAUAGUCCCCUGGUGGGCGGACAGGCGGGAGGCGUGCUGUCACACGUCAUGAGAAAGGACUACGAAGGCCUAAAUUUUGGUUCCGGCCAGUCGGGACGGCUAGAUCGCCAAGUGCCAGUUACCGAGAAGUGCGCCUCGUGGAUAGUCCAAGCCCAGUUGUUGCAGAGGCCGUUCUAUGUCGUUGGACGGCGCUGCUGCUUGUCAAGUGUUCGGACUCUCAGACGGGCGCGAGCGCUUUUUGCUAUUCGGCCAGCUCUUGCGGUAAGGCGGCCUUGGGAUCCUGGAUCACCCGAGGAGGUCAUCUUGGACGUCUGUGCGGGUGUACCAUUAACUGUUGCAUGGAGACACUCGAGGCUGGUCUUCUUGGGCCCCUCUUUUUCUUUUUCUUUCCCAACGGUCACCGGCACGGAAAUCGAUGCAAGCCAGAGACAGGCGGACGGGCGGAAGAUGCCUCCGAGACCAUUGGAGAAGCAGAUCAGGCUCGUCGAGUGUGGCACAGGGCUUGACCCCAGCUGCACGAAGCACGGGGGAGGAGGUGAGGGAGAGGGGAGGGAGCGAUUUAGAAACCAGGAUCUAUCCGAUCUAUCACAUGGCGGUGAAUCUGGCUGCCGCGCAUGGGGAUCCCAGGUACUCCGGAUGUCACCUUUCAAGGUGAGGGGGGAUGGUGUCGCUCGGAUCAAGGAUGGGCGGCAUUCUACUGGAGGAGGGGGGAAGAUGCUACACAGGAUCUCAACGGUCGAGGGGAUGCAGAUGGGCAUGAAGAAAUACGAAGAGGUAUUGCAUGACACCCGUCCUAGCCCUGAUCCCCGAUCAGAAGAUGAAGACAGGUCGGCAGCUGCACCCCACUUUGGUGCGGCAGAUCUCCCUUUCCCUAGGAUGAGGAGAGGAUCGACAUUGAAGCAUCCCCGCCAGGUUGUCGCGGAUCACUUUUCCCACCCCCUGGCCGUGGGAUAUUAUCUCCACGCUGCAAGGUGUGAGUCAGUAAGGAACUCCUCGCGGCUUUAUACUGCAUUAACCGGUUGGGAGACCCCCACUGCGUGCAAGAACCGCGAUCCACAGGCCCGGCGUCAGCGCCUAAAGGAGCAUUUCCGGAGCCUAUCGUCUGUACCGGGUACAUGGGACUAUGUACGAAAUGUAGGUGGAUAUGGGCUAAUGCACGCGCCAUCCCUGAUUCAUCCCAGCCAAUCCAGGGCCAUAGCCCUUCCCAGAGCUGCGACAUGUUAUACUACCCAUGGAGCUCUGCCCGAUCCAGUCCGACUGGAAGGCAAGUGUGCAACGCUCGGUCCUCUUAGCUGCACAGUCGGGAUUGUCGUCCCUUGA